AUGCGAGCGAGCUUGGAAGUGGAUCUUCCCCAAGCACAAGAUGACUACAGCCUGGCCAACACCUUCACUGUGUCUGUGAACGACUCUGAAGCCAAGGACCCAGCUAAGCCACACCGAUUCCUAACCCAAAACUUUGAACUCUUCAUCCACCCCUUGCACCCCACCCCCACCCCCCACAAUCUAGAUAAUUCCAGCUCCUUCCAAAGUCCCCCUGGUCUCACAGCAGCUCUAUGCUCUCCAGCAGCAACGUCGCUGAAGUGCAUGACCUGCCACCUUCGCACACGGACAGAUCGCUGUAGAAGGGGCUUUGGCUUCUGUGUUGCUCAGAAGUUCGAGUCAUGCAUGACUUUAAAGAUCUUCCAGGGUAACAUUCUGCAGUUAUCAUAUAUGGUGUGUCAGAAAUUCUGCAGAGACUUGACCUUUGAUCUCAACAAUCGGACUUACGUUCAUAAAUGUUGCAAGCACAAUUUUUGUAACCUCAAAAUCUAA